UGCAACUAAUUAGAACACGAUUUGUGAUGAGUAUGCAAAGACGGAAACGAUAUGCAAAUCAGGCUUCCAAGUUCAACAAGCAAACCAACAAGAGGUAUCCAUAGAAAUCGACUAGGUGUUAUAACUAUUUUAAAAUUGAGAUGAGAGGCAAUAAGAAACCCUAAAAUUAGAGGGUUAAUUAAAGCGUUAAGGCAAUGGAAAGCCCUAAAAUUAGAGAGUGGUUACCCUAAUUUUGAAACCCUAACUUUCUGUACAAAAUUCCCCCAAAUUGAAUCGCUCCCCUCCGUCUUCCUCCUCCGUAACCAUGACUCUGAACUGCCUCUCCUGUCAACUCUUACAGAGAACGGACUCCGAGAGAGACCCCGACCCGCAGCACCAAAACUACUACUCCGUUCAGAUAGAGCCGUCGGGGAGAAGCUGGUCCGCCCUGCCUGAGGACCAGGCGCCUCCCGUCGCCCCCCGCCGUCUUCACAGCUCCGGCCCCAUCUCUUUGGGCAGCAAGGAGCCGAAGCUGGUUCGAAGCUCCGGGAUGAGGAGGGAUUGGAGCUUCGAGGAUCUCAGAGCCAUUCGAGAGGAAAAAUAACCGUCUCAUACACACACACACACUAGACCCAUU